CCCAUCAGCUGGUAGGAAAUGGCCUGUGAGUCAGAGGGGCAGCCGAGUCUGCGGCGCAGAGCCGGGGCGGCCCCGGGGAGGGACCGUCGCGGGGAGGGGUGCAACAGCGGCUAGAGGGGCUUCGGACGCCAGGGCCCGCUAGUGUUGCACACGAAGCUGAUCAAAGAAGAGCCAAGCAAAAGCAAAGCUCUCAGCCUAAGCCACCCUUUGUCUGGGUUGGGGGCCCGUAGCAGGGGGGGACUGGUUAUCCGAGGGGAGGGACCGAGACGGGACGGGACGGAAGGGCCCGGAGCAGCGGCCACCGCAGCGGAGCCAAUUUGGGAGCGGGGGUCCAGCUGAGCCCAGGAGCUGCACGGAAUGGUGGCAGUCACCUUGCCAGUGCAGUGGGCAUGGACCAGACUGAAAGCUAGAGGAACCAGACAUCAGACAGGAAGAGGGGACACACACCUGGGCUUGAGGCUUCUUCAUCGGGAUGUCCCCAGGCCCCCCAGCCCAGGCCCAGCAUAAAGGCCGUGUGGGGGGGCCCCCCUGACCCAAGGGGGGCUUCAUGCGCCACGUGCAGGCGGAGCCGUCUCCAUCCUCAGAGCCAGAGGCUGGCCCUUCACAGCCUCCAGUCAGACAGGGGACCCUCCAGGGUGGCCUGCUCAUGGGCUACAGCCCAGCAGGGGGGGCGACAUCCCCCGGGGUCUACCAGGUAUCCAUCUUUUCCCCUCCAGCUGGUGCCUCUGAGCCUCCUAGGGCUCUGAAGCGGCCGGCCCCUCCCACUGAGGGUCCCCGGGAGCUGAAGAGAGGCCCUGGGCUGGGGGCCAGAGAGGGACUACCCCCUGAAGAACCAUCUACUGUGGGACUGUUGGGCCCAGAGGGACUGGGUCUGGGACUGGGUGUGGCCAGCCAGCAUUUCUCCCAUCAUGGCCUCUGUGUUGUGGAACAGGGAGGUAGUGCCACCUCACCUUGGACUUCAGGGACCGGGAGUACCCCUUGGCCCUCAUCAAAUGCUUCCUGCAAUACUUUGCACGCCAGAGACUGGGCUUUCCCAGAUCAAGGGGGACAGGGGUCGCUGGGGGCGUCUCCAGGGCCAGCCCCUUCAGGCCAGCUGCACACACUUGACACUGAUUUGCACAAUCUUGCACAAAUAGGGAGUAAGAGCCCAGUGGCUAGGGUGGGCAACGGGAGCAGCCCCUGGCCUAGGGAGUCCCCUGGAACUGCCAAUGGGCACAGUCCCGAGCACACACCCCCUGGCCCUGGACCUCCAGGCCCCUGCCCCACCAAGCGAAGGCUGCUGCCUGCUGGAGAAACCCUGGAUGUCCGCUCUGAGGAAGAGGGGCCAGCCCCUCGGAGGCGCCGGGGAACCCUGGGCUGCCCUCUUGCUGCCAAUAGUUCUGAUGCCAAAGCCACACCCUUCUGGAGCCACCUGCUGCCUGGGCCCAAGGAGCCUGUUUUGGACCCAACAGACUGCAGUCCCAUGGGGCGGAGGCUGAAAGGUGCCCGUCGCCUGAAGCUAAGCUCCCUCCGAAGCCUCCGGAAGGGGCCAGGCCUGCUGAGCCCUCCCAGUGCCUCCCUCUUCCCCUCCCCUGCCGUCAGCCGUACCCUGCUGGGCAACUUUGAGGAAUCAUUGCUUCGAGGACGCUUUGCACCAUCUGGCCACAUUGAGGGCUUUACUGCGGAGAUUGGAGCCAGUGGAUCUUACUGUCCCCAACAUGUCACGCUGCCUGUCACUGUCACCUUUUUUGAUGUUUCUGAGCAAAAUGCCCCGGCUCCCUUCUUGGGUGUCGUGGACCUGAAUCCUCUGGGGAGGAAGGGUUACAGUGUGCCCAAGGUGGGCACCAUCCAAGUGACCUUAUUUAACCCCAACCAGACCGUGGUGAAGAUGUUCCUUGUGACCUUUGACUUCUCGGACAUGCCUGCUGCCCACAUGACCUUCCUGCGCCAUCGCCUCUUUUUGGUGCCUGUGGGGGAGGAGGGGAAUGCGAGCCCCGCCCACCGCCUCCUCUGCUACCUGCUGCACCUCAGGUUCCGGAGCUCCCGCUCAGGCCGCUUAAGCCUGCAUGGAGAUAUCCGCCUGCUUUUUUCCCGCCGGAGCCUGGAGCUGGACACGGGGCUCCCCUAUGAACUGCAGGCUGUGACUGAGGCCCCCCAUAAUCCACGUUAUUCACCUUUUCCCUAAUUUCCAUCGUCCUGAAGGGAGGUGGGCCCAAAGCCUGCCUAUCCAGCUCCAUCCUGGACAGGGUAAACUGUGGAGAAAUGGCGAGAGCCCCUUCAGGCUUGAAUUAAAGCCCUCACCACGCUCACA